GUGUGCGGUAAAGAGGCGCACCGCGGUCGGUCGCUCGGCGAGAACGCGCACCCGUUUCGCUCUUCACUCACCCUGUCGAAGCCGUCGCGCGAUAACCAGUCCACCCGCCGGAGAACACAGUCGGCGCCACAACGAGACCGCCGCACGGCACGACGAUCGCUACCGCUGCCCCUCCCUAACCGCCACCGCAGUGGGUUUCGGUCUCGGAACACAAUAACAAUAUUAUUAGACUCCCGAACGCCGCGGAUUCGACGACCACGAAAAUGGAUCUUCCGAUAACGACGGCAUUUGUAUCAUCGUCGGCGGUCGCGAACCCUACGCGCUGCAAACAAUGAUCGUCGACUAAUUACCUCCCGCAGUGCCAAUAGAGAGCAGGUACGCUCGACAUUGUUUACCUACCUGUACGACGUCGUGAAUACGCGUGUGUGUAUGAUAAGUCCACGCGUCGAAUGCUCCGCGGCCGGAUUUCGUACGUUUUACAUCCGCAAUACCUCUAUAAAUACAUAUAUUUAUACCGUUCGGCUGACCCUCCCGCGCCCCACAAGGGUCAUCGCGCGCUGCUUUCGGGCCCAAUUCGAGAGAUCUGCACAGUCUGAGGACUAUAUUUUAUAUGAGCUACUUUCCGGGCUCCGGCGAUUUGGCCGGUACAACUGCAGAGAACUACAACUUUGACUCUCUCUCCAAAGACCGAAAUAACAUUAAAAACGAAACAACCUAUCUUCAAGAUAUUCGAGAAGAUUGUUUUUACACCGAACAAAAUACUUCGAUGCGAGGAGAUGAUACAGAUAUAAAUGCUAACAACACCAGUGAAGAUAAACGACCUAACUAUUUUCAAGAGUCUCAUCAUAUUUCUAUGCACGAACCAUCUACCACGGAGUUAGUGCCGUUAACUAUUUAUCCGGCAGAAACGGACUUGCAAAAUAAUGGUGUUGUACAUUCGGGAGACAUUAGCAAUAAUACGGUUACUUCUUUGGGAUCUCCCGAGGAACGAUCACCGACGUCUACCGACCAACAACAAUCACAGCAGCCAACUGCUACGACUUUGCCCUCAAAACCACCGUAUUCGUAUGUAGCUCUAAUUUCAAUGGCCAUUGAAAAUUCACUAUAUAAACGAGUUACGUUGUCUGAAAUUUAUAAAUACAUCACUGCUAAGUUUCCAUACUUCGAGAAGAAUAAAAAAGGUUGGCAAAAUUCGAUAAGACACAAUUUGUCGUUAAACGAGUGUUUUCUCAAAAUACCUAGAGAUGGCGGCGGUGAUAGAAAAGGCAACUAUUGGACUUUAGAUCCAAAAUAUAAUAACAUGUUUGUAAAUGGGAACUAUAGAAGACGCCGAAGAAUGAAAAGACCAUAUAGAACAACACCUUACAGUACACCUGGAACUUAUUUUGGACCCGAUUAUAGUAGAGGCAUUUUAGGAUCACACCCGACAAGUUUUGGUUCAAAUCCUAAUAUAACAUCGAGAUUUGACCACAGUAACAGUUGGCCUAUAUCACCCUAUACAGCAGGUCCUCAAACGCAUCAAUUGCAUUUUCCAUCUCAGCUGCAACCAGUGCAAUCUGUCCAGAUCUCAUCAAUGAAUCAUUCAAAUUACAAUCAUUUACCAACAACUAUGGCAAGUUCAAAUAUGACAUUUGGUGGGACAUAUCCACAAUGUCAACGGCGUCCACAACAAGAAGUUUUACCAGAUACUACUCUUCAGUAUUCUUAUUGGGCCACAUCAACAUCUUCUCCAGAUCAUAUGAUAUCUGUGAAAGAUGAACAUUUGAAUUUAUUGGAAAAAACUCAAGAUACAUUGAACCUUGAUCAUUUUGACGUACAAACCCCAAAUGUAGAUUUUGAAGUUACAGAUUCGCGACAAAAAUGUUAUUUAUGA